GGUGCGAAGUCAGUUUCAUUCCGAGCACGGCCAAAUAAGCAUGCAUUUUCUGUGAGUGGAUGAAGCGUUGCAAUAGUUUCAUUUUCUGAAAAGUUUUAAUUGCAUCGAUAAACUAAGCAUUGAGUUGUGCUGCUUGGCAAACCUGCAGUGAUUUAAGGCACUAGGAGAAAUUGCGUAGCACAAGGAUAUACCACGUCCAGACAGGUGAUUAUCGUGGAGUUCCAGAGUUGAAUGCAGACAAAUAGCAGUAACGCUAAUUCUAUUUAGUGAGAACGAAAUCAUUGGAAGAAGCAUUUUGUCAUUCAAACACAAAACUGGGAGAAGCGAAAAGUUGUAGUGCAUGUACAGAAAAGUAUGAAAAGAAGCAGCAUAAUCAACAUCAAUAAUAACAGCAGCAGCAGCCGAGGGGUCAAAACGACGACGACCAGGAAUAAGCAGAAUCAAACCGUUCACACAGCAAAGGAAGAAGGAAAAUGUCGUCUUGUUUUGAAAAGUGAUUCAGUCGUAUCUCUGCAAUAUAGAGAAAGUGUUUUGCUGGGCUGAAAAAAACGUGCUAAUCAUGAAUAAGUGUUAUUUUGUGUAAUAGUUUGCAUAUCGUCAUAAGCUUCAAAUUUCGAUAGUCGCUUUGAGAUAAGGGAAUUCUGUUUCGCUUUAAAUUGCAUAAAGUCAGUCAGAUUCCAGGGGAUAUUUUCAAAGGCCUAGAAGAAAAUAAGCUGAGUUCGAUCGUCCGUCGAAUCAAAACACAAAGCAACGAGCCUGUGUGUUGGCAAUCGCUAGAAGAAUACACGGAUAUCGAUUGUUUCGCGAGUGCUACCGCAGCAGUUGUGUCGUGAAAAUACAUAAUUUCUAUUUGCUGUACCAGAAAUCGAAUUGGAGCAAACUCUGGUUGUGGAGGCCAGGGGCUCGCGACAAAAUUCGGAAUCAUAGGAUCACUGGAGGAAAAAAACGUCGUCGUCAUUACGGAGACCAACGGAACGGCGAACGUCGUCGUCGACAGUAUGGUGAAACGCACCGACGGCACUGAGUCUCCUAUAAUAACGGAGGCCGAUGCAGAUUCAGACAAACCUCGAGUAAAAUACGGCGAACUAGUGAUAUUAGGAUAUAAUGGAUUUCUUCCACAAGGCGACCGUGGCCGCCGGCGAUCCAAAUUUGUGUUAUACAAACGCGGCGAUCCAAAUGGUGUCAAACGGUCAAAACACUACAUCGUUCAAUCACCUCAGACUUCACAGGCAAUACUCGACGCGAAGCAGCACUCCAUAUCGUACACACUGUCGCGAAAUCAGGCAGUCAUCGUGGAGUACAAAGAAGAUCCCGACACAGAUAUGUUUCAGGUCGGCCGUUCGUCAGAAUCACCGAUAGAUUUUGUAGUAAUGGACACCCUGCCCGGCGAUAAAAAAGAUGCGAAAGUCCUGCAGAGCACCAUAUCGAGAUUUGCCUGUCGAAUCCUAGUGGAUCGAAGUGACGGCCACAAAGCGAGAAUCUACGCAGCGGGAUUCGAUUCCAGCAGGAACAUUUUCCUAGGGGAAAAAGCAACCAAAUGGCAGGACAACGUAGAAAUUGACGGUCUUACGACAAAUGGAGUGCUUAUCAUGCAUCCCAAAGGUCAGUUCUGUGGUGGAUCAGCAGAGUGUGGUUUGUGGCGCGAAACGUCUGUCGGCGGUGAUGUGUUUAGUCUAAGGGAAUGCCGAUCGGCGCAACAGAAAGGUCAGCCAGUGUACGAGGAAACCAAUGCCCUACAAGACGGCACUUUGAUUGAUCUUUGUGGUGCAACACUACUAUGGCGAUCCGCAGAAGGACUGAGGCAUUCUCCAACGAAGAAAGAUCUAGAAAAACUGGUAGAUGAAAUAAAUGCAGGUCGUCCACAGUGUCCAGUUGGCCUCAAUACUUUAGUGAUUCCUAGAAAAGUGUCAUUGGGAGAGCACGUUAAUCAGCCUUAUGUGUAUUUAAAUUGUGGCCAUGUGCAAGGUCAACACGGAUGGGGACAGGACAAAGCAUCAAAUGCCCGUCGAUGUCCCAUGUGUUUAGAGCUCGGUCCCGUAGUAACCCUGUGUAUGGGAGUAGAAAACGCAUUUUAUGUAGAUUCUGGACCGCCUACCUACUGCUUCAAUCCAUGCGGACACAUGGCAACAGAAAAAACUGUCAAAUAUUGGGCAAAUGUAGACAUACCUCAUGGCACGAACGGCUUCCAAGCGGUAUGUCCAUUCUGCGCCACGCCUCUACAAGGAUCUCCAGGCUACAUAAAACUUAUUUUCCAAGAUAAUCUAGACUAACUUACGACCCAAAUAUUCCUCGACAAAUUUAAUCCAAUUUCCCUCCCCUUCUCCUCUUCAUCAGAGAACCUCCCCAUUCCCAGUCAAAGCCCCGAACAAAGUCGAACGAUAAACAAAAACAACAACUGAUUCGCGAACAGUUUAUAGUAACGUAAUUGUUAGUUUAUUUUUAAUCGAAUUAUUUUUAAAUUAAUUAUUGAAUCAUGAGAAAAAAAAAGAAAAACAAAUGGAAGUUAUAAUUUUGCAUAGUUGUCUUUAUUGCAAAAUUGUGGAAGCACACAAAUUGUGAGUGCAGUGACAAAGACACAAAAUCAAUGCUUGCGCUAGGUUACUAUGAACGAUGGAUGCCGUAGUAUUGAAAAUGCGUAUCUUGCUACCACUAUCUAUCGUAAAGUGAUUUGUUAUCAGAAAUUUGUGGAGCCAAGAAUGCCUGAGAUCUUGUAGCUGAGUUCGUUAUUCACUAUUGUUCUAGAAGCUAAAAUCACGAUGAUAAAGUCGCAGCAGCAGAAAUCACGAGUAAAAUGUCAUAUUCUCCUUAAGUCUCCUAAUUCUGAAUUGAGAUUUAGAAGAAGAAAAAAAAAUCAGAAGUUUUGUCUACCAUCAGCAUUAUAGCUAGAUUGCCUUUAGCAAACCGCAAACGUUGAUCGUUUGUUCACGACAAAAAAAAGAAUUGAUUGAUUGUGGGUAGCACUUUACUCGAAUAAUUGGUGAUCAUAGCUUUCUUGUUUGAGAUAGUGAAAGUAAUAUGCAUUUUUAGUAACGUUUAAUGACUUUUUUUUAAAACUAGUUUCUGACGUUUGGCCAAGUACUGUUUAAGUAAUGUUUUUGUUCGAUUUCAUGUAUUUCCAAAACCUGGAACGAUUUUGUGUAGAGUGUAGCAAAAAGUCUCUGUUUAAACGCGCAUCUUAUUUAAAUCAAUAUUGUGUAUAAAGUAUAUUAAGUAUAUAAAGUCUUAGCAAAAAAGCGUGUGUGUGAUGUAAAGAAUA